AUGUCUGACCGUCUUUACAGCAAGGGCCGUGUUUUAGGGUACGAACGUGCCAAGCGCAACCAAAAUCCCAAUACCUCCCUUAUCCAAGUGGAAGGUGUCCAAACCACCAAGGAUGCUCAAUUCUAUCUCGGUAAGCGUGUUGCCUAUGUCUACAAGGCCAAACGUGAAGUCAAUGGUUCUAAGGUCCGUGUCAUCUGGGGUCGUAUUGCUCGUACUCACGGUACUAACGGUGUUGUCAAGGCUCGUUUCCGUAACAACUUGCCUCCCAAGUCUUUCGGUGCUUCUGUUCGUGUGAUGCUUUAUCCUUCCAACAUCUAAAUACAGUCAAACCUCCCACAACUACAUUUUUUAUAUAUAUUACAUCCUUUUAAAUGCCCUAUUAUGAAAUAAAACGAUAUUUGAUCAAGGUGUUAUUUUUAUUAUUUUUA